AUGUCAAAUGGAUUAGGAUUCAAGGAGCAAGCCUCAAGUAAGGUGGCACCACGAAGCAUGCAAGCGCGUGUGAGGGCACCACAAAUACAUGCUGACAACGAAGCAAGCAUGGGUGCGGGCCAAGGCGUCGACGAAGGUGCUUGGGGUGCCAUAGCAGACGUUGGCAGGGGUGCCAUAGCAGACGCUAGCAAGGGGGCCAAGGCAGCCGGUAAGGGAGCUGGCAGGGGCGCCGAGGCAGCGAGAGAAAGCAUGGGCGCCGAGGCACAGACAGACAGGUUAGGUGCUAGGGAGUAG